CGCCUUCUCCUCCCUUGUCCCUUUCCGGGUAGCCGGUGAGUCCGGCGCCAGCGGCCGGCGGCCGGCGACUGCCUUGUAGGGUUCUUGAGGGGAGGGGGCGGUGCAGGCACCGGCGGACGGCGGUGGCAAGGGCCGUAUCGGCGAGGAGUAUCCGUCUCCAUCCUUCCGUCCUCUCCCACGGAAGAGCUGGCGCUCCCAUGGUGACGUUCGAUGAAGACGCUAAGAAGGCGUAUGCUGAUUUUGAGGAGAUGGUUAAGAGAACAAUAUAUAUUGAUCACCUUUCACCUCAAGUCACAAGCUCAGUAAUUGAAGCAGCUCUUUCCCAAUGUGCAAACGUUGUCAAUGUGGAGUUCAUCAUUAAUUUCACAAUCCCAUAUGAUAUUCCUUCUGCUGCAUUAGUGGAAUUGGAUGAUGAAAUACAAGCUAAGGCUGUUGUUGACUUGAUGAAUGAUUUCCCUUUCAUAAUUGGUGGAAAGCCAAGGCCUGUAAGAGCAAUCUAUGCUAAACAUGAGAUGUUUCAGGAUCGUCCUCCUCACCCUGGCCUCAAGAAAGAGUUUCGGUGGGUGAAACAAGAAGAUGGCAUAGAGUAUGAAGGAAUGAAGAAACUGAGGCUCCUUGCAAGAAGGCAAGAAACAGAAAAUAUGGCACUCAUAAAGAAUCUAAUGGAAGAGGAGAAGGAACUAGGAAAGCAGCAACAGGAAUUACUUGAUGGAAUUUAAAGAAGUACUCCAUACUAGAGAGGGGCGUGCAAAAUGAUAUUGAGAACCUCGCCCGCCGUUAUGGAAUCAGCCAGUGGUGACUGAUCAGUUUUGGCCAUCCAUGAGACUGUUUCAGCAAGGUCCAGAUCAGUUUCCAGGGCGAGCAACACGCAUUGGUGCGAUCUAUUAGUUGCAUCAUAGUUGCAUCUUCUAUGUAAAAUACGUAGCAGAUAUUUAUCGCAUUUUGAAGUAACAAUGACAUCCAGAUUCCGUAGUGUGACUGCUGUUCCCGCAUUCUGACCCCACCCAACAGCGGUUUGCUUGGUUUGUGAUGUGGGUAUAGUAUAACUUCAUGAGCUGCGCCGGAGAUGAUUCGCUGCUGUCUGAUACUUCCCACUGUUAUAUCUGUUAUAGAUAUGAUCCAAAUUAUUAUCUACUA